AAGAGUGUGUGUGUGUGUGAGAAAUGGAACAGAUUUUGGCUCUGUUUGCCAUUUUUCUUGCUUUUGCUUUCUCCGGGAAAUGCAGCGACGUUUUCAGCAGAUCUGACUACCCUGAGGGAUUCGUCUUUGGAGCCGGCACUUCUGCUUAUCAGUGGGAAGGAGCUGCUGCAGAAGACGGAAGGAAACCUAGCCUGUGGGACACUCUUUGUCACUCUCGUGACCAAGGUAACGGAGAUAUAGCAUGUGAUGGGUAUCACAAGUACAAGGAUGAUGUGAAGUUGAUGGUGGACACUAACUUAGAUGCUUUCAGAUUCUCCAUCUCUUGGUCUAGGCUAAUACCUAAUGGAAGAGGGCCUGUUAACCAAAAGGGUCUACAGUUCUACAAGAACCUCAUCCAAGAGUUAGUAAGCCACGGAAUUGAACCACAUGUUACACUCUACCACUAUGAUCAUCCUCAGUCUCUGGAGGAUGAAUAUGGAGGAUGGCUCAACCACAGAAUGAUCAAAGACUUUACUACUUAUGCAGAUGUUUGCUUCAGAGAGUUUGGGAACCAUGUCAAACUAUGGACCACGAUCAACGAGGCUAAUAUAUUCUCUAUAGGAGGUUACAACGAUGGGGAUACACCGCCUGGUCGUUGUUCCAAACCGAGCAAAAACUGUUCUUCAGGGAACUCUUCCAUUGAACCAUAUAUUGUAGGCCAUAAUUUGUUGCUUGCGCACGCCUCUGUUUCAAGACGAUACAAACAAAAAUACAAGGAUAAGCAGGGAGGUUCCAUAGGAUUUAGCUUAUUCAUAUUAGGGCUUAUUCCUACUACAAGCUCCAAGGAUGAUGCCACUGCAACCCAAAGAGCCCAAGAUUUCUACGUCGGCUGGUUCCUUAGACCUCUUUUAUUUGGAGACUAUCCUGAUACAAUGAAAAGAACCAUUGGAUCAAGACUGCCAGUUUUCUCUGAGAAAGAAUCAGAACAAGUUAAAGGCUCAUGUGACUUUGUAGGAGUCAUACACUAUCAUGCGGCUUCUGUCACUAACAUCAAAUCCAAACCUUCUCUGUCCGGAAACCCGGAUUUCUACUCAUACAUGGGUGUAUCUUUUCAUUAUUUUGGAAAAAGUUUAGAUUUUCAGUAUGCUAAUACUCCAUGGGCUAUGGAAGUUGUGCUGGAGUAUAUAAAGCAGAGCUAUGGAAAUCCUCCUGUCUACAUUCUUGAGAGUGGUACACCGAUGAAGCAAGAUUCGCAGCUGAAACAGAAGGAUAUACCAAGGGUGGAAUACUUGCAUGCCUACAUUGGUGGUGUGCUCAAAUCCAUAAGGAAUGGAUCAGACACGAGAGGCUACUUCGUAUGGUCAUUUAUGGAUUUAUACGAGCUUCUAGGGGGAUAUGAGGUUGGUUUUGGGUUGUACACUGUCAAUUUCAGCGAUCCUCAUCGCAAGAGAUCUCCCAAACUCUCUGCUUAUUGGUACUCUGAUUUUCUCAAGGGUGAAUCUGCCUUUCUUGAUUCCCAAGGCAUCAAGGAAUUGCAGAGCAAAUACUCUUCUUCCUUCUAGACUCCGUAUUGUUUAUGAGAAGUGUAAUGAAUAAAAUCUCAUGUUCUACUGAGUUUAGGCUGCUUGCCAUGAGCUAGUUUAGUGACGACACCAUACAUAAGUUCAAUUUAGUUUCUGGAGCCGACAAACUCUCAGUAGACACGGUGGUUUUGCCUUGGAUUUGAGAUGUUGUUUCACUCAGUUGCUACUAAUGAAAAAGUAUGAGAA